AACGUGGACGGGCUGCUGGUCUACUUCCCCUACGACUACAUCUACCCGGAGCAGUUCUCUUACAUGCUGGAGCUCAAACGCACACUGGACGCCAAGGGUCAUGGAGUCCUGGAGAUGCCCUCAGGCACUGGGAAGACUGUGUCCCUGUUGGCCCUGAUCAUGGCAUACCAGAGGGCAUAUCCACUGGAGGUGACUAAACUCAUCUACUGCUCGAGGACUGUGCCUGAGAUUGAGAAGGUGAUCGAAGAGCUUCGAAAGUUGCUCCAUUUCUAUGAGAAGCAGGAGGGUGAGAAGCUGCCGUUUUUGGGGCUGGCUCUGAGCUCCCGGAAGAACCUGUGCAUUCAUCCCGAGGUGAUGCCCCUGCGCUUUGGGAAAGACGUCGACGGGAAAUGCCACAGCCUCACGGCCUCCUACGUGCGCGCACAGUACCAGCAGGACCCCAGCCUGCCCCACUGCCGCUUCUACGAGGAGUUUGACGUCCAUGGGCGCCAGGUGCCCCUCCCUGCUGGCAUCUACAACCUGGAUGACCUGAAGGCCCUGGGGCGGCGCCAGGGCUGGUGCCCCUACUUCCUUGCCCGCUAUUCGAUCAUCGGUCGGGGCAAUGACCAGGUGGCCAUCAGCUCCAAAUUUGAGACCCGGGAAGAUAUUGGUAUGCUAUUCUGUGCCGAACGCCUCCGCUCCCUGCUGCACACCCUGGAGAUCGCCGACCUCGCUGACUUCUCUCCCCUCACCCUCCUCGCUAACUUCGCCACCCUCGUCAGCACCUACGCCAAGGGUAAGCUCGUCUUCUCCUACCUCUGCCAGGCCCCCCGGCAGCUGGAAUCGGGAGCCCGGCAGAGUCAGAGAGUUGUCGAGCAGCUUGUUCCUCUGGAUGUUUUCGAGAAUGCCCUAGGGAAGGACACCAGGCAGGUCGGGCUGCGGGUGGGCCGGAAGUGGACUAAGGGCACAGGCAUCCUGGCUAAACCCAGCUCUGCCCCAGCUCCUGUGCGCCAGCCUUGCACCUUCCUUCAGCCUUCCUUUGGGGAGAGUGCCUUCCACUUCUCCACACGGAGAAAAAAGAACCUGGGCCCUGACCUUAUCCCCUACACAAGGACGAAUCUGAAAACGCAAGACAAAGGAAACACGCUGAGGGAAGAGGGGACUUCCGGGGAGGGGGCGGCUGGGCGUACCUGCUCGUACCAGGAGGCCACGGUGCUCUCCAUGUACUGGGUCCUGAUGUCUAUCCUCUCUCCCUUGCCUGCCUGCCGAAAGCGGUUCGCCCGGGCAGACAAGCGCGGGAAGCUUCCCCGCUGGAUCCAGGAGCACCUCACUGACGCCAACCUCAACCUGACGGUGGAUGAGGGGGUCCAGGUCGCCAAGUACUUCCUGAGGCAGAUGGCUCAGCCCUUCCACCGGGAGGACCAGCUGGGCCUGUCCCUGCUCAGCCUGGAGCAGCUGGAAUCGGAGGAGACGCUGCGGAGGAUAGAGCAGAUUGCUCAGCAGCUGUAG